AUGACGUCUCUCUCUCCUAGCCAACCCCCUCAACCAGGCUUUGGCGAAGGACCCUCCGGCCACGAUGGGACGCCCUUGUCGACGUUAAACAUCGAUUUCAUCAGAACCCUGGCGGGAAAGAGAGUAACAAGAGACGGGCAACCACCGAAGCGGCGCGGUCCGAAGCCAGACAGCAGACCAGCCCUAACAAGGCGACAAGAGCUAAACCGGCAAGCUCAAAGAACCCACCGGGAGCGAAAAGAGCUCUACAUCAAGGCUCUCGAAGACGAGGUGCUCCGCCUGAAGGAGAUUUUCAGCAACAUAUCCAAAGACAAGGAGAAGCUAGCAGAGGAGAAUAGGCAGCUCAAGGCCCUUCUGGUCCAAGAUGGCUCGCGCAUGGCAGCGUUGACAGGCGGCAGCAACGUGCUGGAGGACUCGAUGAGCAAUCUGAGCGUCGGGCACUCACCGAACACCAGUAUGACGGGGAGCUACAUGGCGGCAUCCAGCAACACGAAUGCGUUCAGCGCUCCGAUUUCCGUAAGCAGCGGAGGCCGCAGCGAUGAACUAUCGCCGCGCAGCGCGAUAUACCCGUCCGGCUACCGCCAUCUUUAUCACCAACAUUCCCAGCAAGAGCCACUAAGCACCAGCCUGGAUGCCGGAGACCAGCCGAACGAGAAUCCAGUUCUGGAUUAUGAACAAGCUGGCAUUGACUUUGUUUUAACUCUCGAAAGACCGUGCAUGAACCACCUGCCCUGGCUGCUGGAGCGCAGCGCCGAGAGCGGCAGCCACCAUCCCUGCGGCCACGCCCUCAUGGCGUCGUGCCCGCCCGAGCCCUUCUCCAAACUUCCGCCCGACAUGCCCUUUGGCCACCACCGCCGCCAGACACACCACCACCACCAUCAUCACCACCAUGAUGCCCAUAUGCUCCACCAUCACAGCCCCGGCAACGGCAACGGCAACGGCAGCGUUGGCAGGGGCCCCAAUGGCACACCUGCAGAAAUGGCCACCUGGACACUGACCAAGGCUGACCUGGCGACCCUGCUCGACUUGAGCAAGCGGCUGAACCUGGACGGCGAGAUCACGCCUGUCAUGGCCUGGGGGAUGGUGCUGGCUCAUCCGCGGGCGGGAGAGCUAAGCCUAGAGGAUCUAGGGAGGCUGACGGAGGAGCUGAGUGGGAAAGUCCGAUGUUACGGGUUCGGUGCGGUCUUGGAGGAGUUCGAGGUGCGGGAUGCGCUGGAGAAUGUGCUUUCCACUAAGCCGGAGUUUGGGACGCGGUACUAA